GCUGGUUUUGUUUGCCCGGGGAUUAUUAUUAUCGGGUUUUUAAACUCUUUUUGAGAACCCGAGGUGUCAGGCGGUACGUGCUGGCUGGGGACUGCCCGGCCGAGCCCGCGCCAGCUCCGCCGUGCAGCCCCACGGGGGCCGUUGUGUGAACGGCCUCCAGAAAGCCGUCAUCCCGAGGCUGUGCUGUAAUGAAGGGCCUCCGGCGGCGCCGCGCGCCCCGAGCACAGGCGGCCCGGGGAGGAGGCCAUUUUAGGCUGCCGUGUGCGGGGAUGGCAGCGGUGACAUGUCACCGACCACUGCCGCGCUGGGGAGCGGCGUACCAGGGCGUAGGGGUUUGACAGUGACUGCUGUGAAGGACUUUGGGGAGUGGAACUUGGAAGCUGGAGCGCUGGUGCUUGCAGAUGGAGGCCUUUGUUGCAUUGAUGAGUUCAAUAGCAUCAAAGAACAUGACAGAACCAGUAUCCACGAAGCAAUGGAGCAGCAAACCAUCAGUGUAGCAAAAGCUGGCUUGGUAUGUAAGCUUAAUACAAGGACAACCAUACUGGCAGCAACAAACCCCAAAGGCCAUUAUGACCCUACUGAGUCUGUCUCUGUCAACAUAGCUCUUGGCAGUCCCCUGCUGAGCAGAUUUGACCUGGUCUUAGUGUUAUUAGAUACAAAGAAUGAGGAGUGGGACCGCAUCAUUUCAUCUUUCAUCUUGCAAAAUAAAGGUUGCCCUAGCAAAUCUGAAAAGCUGUGGAGCAUGGAAAAGAUGAAAACCUACUUCUGCCUUAUAAAAAGGAUACAGCCAAAGUUGUCUGAUGAGAGCAACCUGAUCCUUGUACGCUAUUAUCAAAUGCAGCGUCAGAGCGACUGCAGGAAUGCUGCCCGAACUACCAUUCGCUUGUUGGAGAGUUUGAUACGCCUUGCAGAAGCUCAUGCCCGCUUGAUGUUUAGGGACACUGUGACUUUGGAAGAUGCUGUAACUGUGGUAUCGGUGAUGGAGUCUUCUAUGCAGGGAGGAGCACUUCUUGGAGCCAUCAAUGCCUUACACACCUCAUUCCCAGAAAACCCAGUGGCACAGUACCGAAUGCAGUGUGAACUCAUAUUGGAGCGACUGGAGCUGCAACAUCUUUUACACAAGGAGCUACAAAGACUUGACAGAUUACAAAAAGGAAAUUCUUGCCAGUUACAGCCUGAAGAGACAAGUUUCAGUACUACUACAGGAUGCUUGAACAAAAAUACAUUUGAGUCAAAGCAAAAGUCUCCGUCAGAACCUUCAGAUCAACAAAAGAUUGACUCCUAUCCACAGCCUUCUUUGCUCGAAAACAAUCGUGAAGGAGAUAAACACCCAGAAACCUUAUGCAACCCAACACUUGGUAACAACAUACGUACAAAACGCUUGAUUGAACUUAACAAGAGAGGUGAUGAUGGCAGCCUGGGAUGGUUUGAUAGCCUGGAAGACAGAAACACUGAUGCUGAAGAAACUUUUUGGAAGACAUCUCCAGUGCCCAAAACAUCUCCAGAUAAUGUGGCUUUAAAAUCUAAGUCCUCCUCUUCAGAAGAAAGAAAUUCUUCUAUCUCAAGGAAAGAAAAUGAAAUGAGAGGCUCACGAACAACUGUUACUCUGUGUGCUUCUUCAGAGCAAGACAAAGUUUCUGAGAUAAGCAGCAAAAGGACUGAGGAACACAGAUGUUUUUCUUCAGAAGCAAACAUUCAAGACCCAACAUCAACAAGUGCCAAUAUGCAGGAUUCAGUUAUUACACAACGGGUUUCUAAAAGCCUGCAGAGGCUGCACACAGAGAAAUCACAUGGAUUCUUUACGAGUACACAGAACUCGGAAGCAAAGGCCCUUCCCUCAGUAUUACCUGUGUCUGGCCUGCUGGAUCUUUCAAGUGAUACAGACUCAGUAGUAGAAGAUGAAAAUAAUAGUGCAUCUGCAGCAGCAAAACAUGCAGUAAUUUCCAUGAGAAAACGAAGUAAAGGUCAAGCAGAGAAGGAAGCAAAGACAGUAUGUUCUCGUGAGCCAGAAAUUACUGGCAGUGAAAGUCCUCCAGCAGCUAAACUAGCUAAAUUUUCUUUCAGACCGAGGACAAAUCAUGAUCAUUCUUCUGAAAAGAAAAAUGCAGAAUUUUCCCUUUUUCCAAGUGAAAAUACUAUUAAACCAGGAGAGCAGCUCCAGGGAGAGCAACUGCAAAAAGAUUGCUGCCCACCUGAGAAACGCAAGAUGAGACUGACUCACUUAGGAAAAAAGAGUUUGGAAAAGCAAUCCGUUGGUAAUAAAGGGAAUGAAGAGCACCUGAGUCAGGCCUUAGGGAAAGAGAUGGGAGGGAAUGCACUGAUGCGUUCUGAUGUCACGCUUGAUGUGUCACCUCCACUCACUGAAAAAAGAAGGGAUGGAGAGGAGAAGCUUGGUGGUCCAAGCACGGUGAGAGUGUGCUCCAGCACAUUAGAAAACCUCUCCAGGUUCUGCUUUGUGUCACGUCCUGACUCAAAAUCAGAAACUCCACCAACUAUCAAGACUGACACUAACAACAAGGAAAGCCACAGCCCAUUGCUGAAGGUGCAUGUGAGCAAUCCUAACAAAAGGAAGAGUUUUGCAUUGGGAAAUGCAAGUAAAGACAGUGUGGUCACCCGAAAAUCUCUCUUCUCAAUAGCAGAGCUGGAUGAUGCAACACUAGAUUUUGACUGGGAUUAAGAGUGCAUUUUACGAAUGGGAUUAAGAGGUUAGGAAAAAUCCAAGUUUGUAACGUGUAUAUUCUCCAAUUAAUACUUAACACAUAGCUUUUCUGAAUCUACAUCUUUCUGUUAAUUGUAUCAACAGUAUCUAUAGGUUACUAAAGCAUUUAAAAAUAAUAUUGGAUGCCUGUUGAUACCAAUGAAGAUACUUUAAGGGCUGUAUGCUUUACAUCAGCCAAAGAUUGUGUAUACUGCAGGCCUUAUGUGGCUUUUCAUUUUCUAAACUCUUCCCAAGAAUGCUAAUGUGGAUUGACUGUUCUGAAUGAUCUGAUUUAACCCACAGACUCAUACAUUUCAUAUAUCCAGAGUACAGCAGCAUUAGCGGAAGAGCGGGUUUAAUUGACUGUUGUCCUUUUCCUCAUGUAGCAGUUGGAACUGUGUGAUACAGAUUGUCUUUUUGAGUCACCACGCUGCUUUGGAAAAAUGAUGAUGCUAAAGCUAUGUCAUUAUGUUUUGUUUUUUUCCCUAUGUAUGUUUGUUUUCAGCAUAGCUAGCUAUAUUGUGAUUUAUCAUCGUGCUGUGCUGAAUAUCCCCAUAUUAUCAAUAUCAUGACAACUUUGCUACAUGUCUGGCUACUGUGUUCCUUAUCACACUGCUGAUGUUGAAGACAUGUAUGUAGGGCUUUUUAUUUCUGAUUUUUUUUUUAAUUAUUAUUUUAUUUCAGUUUUAAAUACACUGAUUCAGAUGUUUG